CAGAGAGAUUCGCUUCUUCCUCUCUCUUAUUCUAUGCUGUCAUUGUUUGAAUUCAAAUCAAACGUUUUUUGUGUCAAUUACAAACAUUUCAUAAGAUGGACCAGACGAGAGUUCACAACGUGGGCCAAAAAAAACAGCCCCCUCAGAUACGUCAAACCUUGGCAAGUAAAUACAGGCUAAUAACGGCAAACCCCUUGCUGAGGCAGGAACUGGAGGACAAACUAGCCUCAAGAAACCCCAACGGAAGCGUUCCGUUCAAUACACCUCUCAAAAUUUUGGUUCAGUUGUUGGAGGAUGAAGAACCGGUGGCGAAAAUCAGUAUAAAACCUAGUCAAGUGAAGAAAGUAGCGAAAAAAACAGUUCCCGAUAACGUGACGGUGAAAAAACACACUGAACAUAAACAUAUCCUCCGUAAAUCGGUCUCUUUUCACGUACCUGAACCUAAUAAUAAACAAAAAGAAAGGAGAAAAACAGUUUUUAAAGAAAACAAUCAAAACACAAAAAAUUGCUCCAUGACCCCAAGCAGGGAAACGAAAGAAGUGACGAGACGGUUAAGUGAGUGGAUGAAGAAAAGGGGCAAAAAAAUCGCCGAUUUCCACCAUUUGAAAUGUUUCGGUAUCCAGUUGCAAAGCAAAAAUAAGGCACAAACUGCUGAUAAGGAAAAUGUCGAGACACACAUUGUCAGAGAGAACAGUUUUGACAACAAGCAGGAAGUUGAAGUCAAAAAUGAGGAAAAUUUUGAUUUUUCAACAGUUGCACAUGAUGCUUUGACCGAUUUGCAUAAACUGAUUUUAGAAGGCUACCCUUCUGAACAAUGCGAAAUUUGGCUUAAACUUAUCAAAAAUAAGUCGAAAAAAGUCCAGGAAGCACCAGAAUAUUGGGAAUGUAGAGCUGCUUUAGAACAAACAAAGGGAAACAUCGAUCUGGCUGUCGAAUGCUACAAAACUGCCAUAAUACAGGGUGCUAAAGUUGAAAAUGUGGACAAACACCUCGACCAACUUUUGCAAAAAUUCAGUCUGCUAAACAUCGAUAAAAAAACCGACGAUUUUGGGAAUAAUAAUCAAAGGAAAGUUGUUGAAAAUGCUAGAAAUAUUUUCAAAUCGAGUAUUAUCCAAUUCGCCGUUCAGGAACGCAUUAUUAGAACAAAAAAUAUUGACGGUGAUGUCACACUCCAAAAAAAAUUAGUCGCAACUCCUGUGAGGAGAAGCACACGUCGUUCAAGGUCGGCUUUUACCACAACCCCGAAAAUUCAGAUUUAUUCGUCGUUGCAGGACAUUGACAGCCCCGUCAGGUGCGCUCUUGAUUUUAAAUGUAAUAACGCCCUGAGAGAUUAAAUAAGUGUUAACUAUGUUUGAGAGGCUAAUUCAAAUUUCGUGUUUAUAUUUGUUUAUAUUUUUAUACUAAUGUACUAAUUCCAAAUAAAUUUUUUUUUCUUAA